GAACACAAAGCCGAAAGUACAAGCAGGACGGAAAGUGAAACCGGGCGCAGCCCCCAGUAUAAGACUCCCCCUGCCUGGGAGAUGGCUGUCCAAAGAGGCUGGGCCCCGCCAUGGGCCAGACGGCAGGCGACCUUGGCUGGCGGCUCAGCCUUUUGUUGCUCUCCCUGCUUCUGGCUCGAGCUGGUGUCUGGGGAUUCCCGAGGCCCCCAGGGAGGCCCCCCCUGAGCCUGCAGGAGUUGCAGAGGGAGUUCAAGGUCAGCCUGCAUCUCGCCAGGAAGCUGCUCUCCGAGGUUCGGGUCCAGGCCCAUCACUUUGCUGAAUCUCACCUGCCAGGAGUGAACCUGGACCUUCUGCCCCUGGGAGAACAGCUCCCCAACGUUUCCCUGACCUUCCAAGCCUGGCAUGGCCUCUCUGACCCAGAACGACUCUGUUUCCUCUCCAUGACAAUUCGCCCCUUCCAUACCCUGUUGGGCGAGCUGGGGAGCCAGGGGUUCUGGACCCGUUCAGAGAGGAUGCAGCUCUGGGCCAUGAGGCUGGACCUCCGAGAUCUGCAGCAGCAUUUCCGCUUCCAGGUGCUGGCUGCAGGAUUCAACCUCCCUGAGGAGGAGGAGAAUGAGGAGGGGAAGGGGCUGCUCCCAGGGGCUCUGGACAGCCCCUCACAGAUGUCAGCCCGGGUGUCCUGGCCCCGGCUCCUCUACACCUACCAGUUACUCCACUCCUUGGAACUUGUCUUGUCUCGGGCCGUGCGGGACUUGCUGCUGCUCUCCCAGACUGGGAGCCCAGCCCAGGCCUUGAGGUUCCCCACGCCCAGCUCCCAGCCCUGAUGGAGUGACUUCUUAGCCCCUUCCCUCCACCCAUCAGGACUUGAGGACGAGCGUCUGGGCCAACAGACAGCCUCCAGCUCAUCUGCCUUAGACAAGGCAUGACUCCACUGGUCUCCCGCCCCAGAGCCCACCCAAUAACUUAAGGCCCCUCCAGUCCUUGCCAGAUAUUUAUUUCUCAGAUAUUUAUUUAUUGUUUGGAAAAAUGGUUUAUUUAUUUUUGGGGGGGGCCUGCUAGUCAUCCUCCAACGAGGCUGCCACAUGGGUGCCUAAUAAAGCCCUCUCACCCUC